AUUUCUGCCAGACCAAAAAAGAAAAAAAAAAAACAGCUAUGCAAUAAACUAUUUUAAUUAAAAAGGUCAAAAUUUGUAAACAAUGAUACAUCCAAAACUUAAACAGAUUUUUUUCUCAUUGAAAGAUUGAGGAAAAUUGAGAAAAACAUUUUUUUAAAAAAGGAAAACGUCUCUUCUCAGCAAUAAAAGCAGGAUUUGGUUCACAAUUUCUCUGAAAAACGUUUGUUAUUCAACCAAAUUUAAUAAAUUAAUUAAAGUAGAUUUGGCUUCACCCAAGUUUCGCCAAAGUCUGCUUUUGAGUAAAAAUAAUGGGAUUAUUUUAUUAUCUCUAGAUCUGAUUACAAUUUUUGUUGCCACAAUUCAAUUCAAAAUCGAUUUUUGAUUCAAAACGAUUAUUCAUCAUGAUUCCUGCUUCAAUCGAUAUGCGCGCCAAGAAAUCUCACGAUCUACUCCAGGCUGCUUAGCGAGGCAGAAUGACAGACACCGAGGUGUCCUUUCAUUAACUCAGCUUUAAAUAUUAAUCCACGUUUAGCGUAAUCUGCUCUCCCACGGCGCUCUGUACCGGAAGGAGCGGCGUACCUCGUUAAAAGCUCCGUUGUGGCUUUGCUCCAAGUAUCCGUUAGUUCCGUUUGGCUCCAUCUUCAUUUUGCAAACCUUGAACCCGGUGAAACUCGGAAAGCUCCAUCUUUCAAGCACUUCCUUAAAAAAUAAAUAAAAUGAGUCCAAAUGUUUUCCCUGACCGAGGGAUGACACGUCAAAUCUCUCUCGUUCUUCUUCUUGUUUUCUGUAAUGGCGGAUCGUAAACAACUUCAAGUUGAAUACCGCCACCUACCGUUCAGCCUGGGAAGCUACAAAAUGGAGGCCGAGACACUGUCUGAUAAACGACAAUGUGCCUUUAAUAACUGCACAAUUGUUACGUGUCCCGUUUUAUUUGUAGAAUAUUGUUUAUGUUCGUGCUGAUAUCAGUUUGUGAAUUUUAUUUUGUGUUUGUAACCAAAGAUAAAUAAGCUUUUUUCUUUUUUAUUUGGAGACAUUUUCAAUCGUUCGUUUCUGAAUCUUAUCAAAUGAGAAUUGGGAUUCUUGGUUGAAUUUUUAAUUAGUUUGAGUAAAAGUCACGGGAUAAAUCUAUUUACCAUAUAAAAAAAUAACUGAAAUGCAAAAGGUGUAUAAUAAUUAAAAAACAAAUCUUACACUUUCUUGUUAAAAUGAUAUUUAUGGAAAAGCAACACAGCAGAUGAGUAUAUUUUAGUCGGCUGCUGCGAUAAAUAGGUCUACCAUCACAGGAAACUCAUGACCACAUGGUUUCUGGUCUAUAUUUAGCUCUUUGAUAAAGCAGUUCAAGUUCUGCUGGUAAAACAUGCAUCCCCAUCAUACCAAACAUUCCUGUGUUAUUUACUCUGAUCUAAUAAUCAAAACAUAGCAAAAAGUAAUAAUAAAUAGCGACUUUCACUGCAUAAUCACUAUCAUUUGGCUUAUUUUGAAGCAUUUUAUCGAGUUAUCAGCACUGAGAGGAAAAAUGUGUUUUCGCUUCUGAACACUGAAAAAAAAUACAAAAUCUUACCAAGUAGCUUUGAUCUAGUUUUUAGUAAAAAUAUCUUAGUGUUGUCUUACACAGAAGUAACUUAGCAUGUUAUAAGUCGCACUUAUAACAUGGGAAAAAUGUCUUAUGAAAUAAUCUGCCAAUGGAACAAAUACGUUUUUUCCAAUUAUUAAGGAAUUUCUUAAAACAAGUUACAAUAUCUCACUUAAAAGUUAUUUGUAAGUUAGUUUUGUCUAAUCUCAAGUGUAUUAAGCUACUUGCAUCAGAAACUAGACCCAAAAUACUUGGUAAGGUUUUGUUUUUUUGCAGUGAAGGAAAUGAGGUCAUAGUCUGAACCCCCAGAAAAGAAUUUGCUUAUCUCCAUUUGGUGACCAACAUGUUGUUUUACCACGUAGACGCCUCCAUUUAGCAACUCUGUCAUUUUUUACAACUUCCUGUAGCCUAGUGACAACAUCUGAGUCCUGAGUGGACGGUGGGUUGGACCUUUUCCUGAAACAAAGUAGGAUAUGGAAGCAGCAGCUGUCAGAUAUCUCAGAUAUGCUACUUAAUAAGGAGCCGUUUCCGACAGCUUCCGUUAUCAGAAUCAGGUGUGAAGAAUGCAUAAAGCCGGAGUUCAAAUUCCCAGCAUUCCUCGGCGUCAGGCUCAAGUAUAAAGGAGCAGCUGGUGGAGCCCAGCAUCCGAACAGCAGCCGAGUCAAAGGCCAACGAGUGGAGAUAUGAACGGCAGCAUCUCUCAGAGAAAUAUGUUUCUAUCUUCCAUUCCUCUCUGCGGUCUGCUCCUCAUCUUCAACCUGGAGCCAAGCAGCACUUACCCCGUCAGCACCGGCUUCACCGACACCGAUACCGACAUCCUGAAGGUGCUGCUUCAGAAACUGGAGGAGUCGGUUUCAGAGCAGACUGCGGCGGACGAAGGAGUCACCGAGGAGGACGGCCGCGCUGACAGGGGGAACAUGGAGGACACGUCCAGCGAGCGGCAGCCUCAGACCGACCUGGACGAGGAGCAAAUCAGAGAAUUCCUCUCCGCCAAGAACCUGAAGAGCGUCCGCAACGACUCGUCCAAGAGGUCUUCCGGCUGCUUCGGGCGCCGCAUGGACAGGAUAGGCUCCAUGAGCUCCCUGGGCUGCAACACGAUUGGCAGAUACAAUCCAAAGCAGAGGUGAAGUCUUACCAUCCGACUGAUGCUGCUCCAAAGUCUGUACCAAAACCUGUUUCCUUUUAAAUGUUAUUUAUUGACUAAUAUUUACCGUUUAUUUCUCUCGCCGAUAUUUAAAGAGUAUUUAUUGAAAAUAGAUGUGAUGUUGUUCCUCCUGUACUGUUGAAUGUCUAAUAAAUGUUUACAUCAUCAGAAACGUGUUAGUUUUGUCAAAG